AUGAGUGUUGAAUCAGUGAAAUUAUCCCCAACAUCAGUUUCCGUUGGUUGUUAUAGACGAAGAAUUGCAUUUGAAGAUGCAACACCAUAUUACACAGAUGGUAACAAGCUAAUCAAAAAUGGUGGAGAAGUAAUUUACACUGCAAAUAGUCCAAUUUACGAUAUAUUAACAUACAACAACAAGUUUUUGACAAUAGAUGCUAAAGGAUUAGUAACUUUCCAUUCAAAGGAGAACACAUUAACGAAUCCAAUAAAUGCUUAUGCAGGCAUCUUUUCCGGUCUUGAAAAGACUGCGAAUAAUAUCAUUGCAGCUCAUGACUUAUCACAUACACUUAGAGUAAUUGAUCCAGAAACCCUCAAAACUGUAAAUACAUUUACAUCUCCAGGUAUUCCAAAUGGUUUGAGCGCAUACGAUAACAACAUUUUUGUUUUUACUGAUGAUCGCACAAUUAAUGUUGUUGAUUCUCGUUUAGAUCAAAUAGAAAGAUCAGCUGUAUUAUCUUCACAGCCUAAGGCCAUUUAUUGCCAUGAUUCAAUGAUUAUUGUCGCUUGUGAUGACAGACGUAUUAGAAUUUACGAUUCAAGACGCCUUAAAACUUCAAUGGCAACUACAAAACCAGCAUCCAAGAAUGGAACAGCUGCUCUAUGGACUUCUGACAAUAAGUGCAUUGCUGCGAUCGGAUUUGAUGAAGGAAUGACUCUUGUUGAACCAGAUCAAGACGUUGGUCAGUUUAAGAGGUGCAAAUUCCUUUCAGAAACACCUUUUGUUUCAACAGCAACAGUUACGGAUAAAGGAUUUGCUGUUCUUACUCGUGGUGGAAUAAUGUACAACAUCUCUGAUCCAGUUAACUUCUUACGAUCACAGAAAGAAGGAGGUGAUGAAGAAGCUGAUGGAGAAUAA